AUGAGCGCCAUGAUCAUCAGCGGAUCUGACAUCAUUGCCUGCAUGUUUGCUAGUCGCGCCAGUGCCCUGGGUCGAAACACAGCACAAACCUGGAGUUUCUUGGUGGCUGGAGUCUGCCUGAUGGCAUGCGCAGCCGGGGUGGUAGACAGCAUCUUUGUGAUGACCAUGGCGAUCUUGGCUCGAAUGGCCUUGUCAGUCGUUUUCGUGACCAUUUACGUUGCUCUGGCAGAGAUCUUCCCGCCAUGGUGUCAGAAGACUGCACUUCCCGCCUGCGAACUUAUGGCCCGACUGGGUGGCUGCUUGUCGCCGUCCUUUGGAACUUUGCCGGUGCAUCUGAGCUUGCCGCUUUUUGGAUUAGCAUGCCUGGUUGCAGCACGGGCAACAACAAAGCUACCAGACAAGCACACUCCUAAGGAGUUCUGA